AUGGAAAUUACCAAGCUUUUCAUAGCCCUUCUCAUCCUUCAAGCUGUUUUCCCAUCACAAAGUUCUAUGGAAGCAGCUCCUUCAAGCUCAAACCUCUUCAGAGAAUACAUAGGAGCAGAGUUCAACAAUGUCAAGUUCACCGAUGUCCCCAUUAACCCAAAUGUGGAUUUCCAUUUCAUUCUCUCCUUUGCCAUUGACUAUGACACCUCAAGCUCUCCCUCUCCCACUAAUGGGAAGUUCAAUGUGUUCUGGGACUCUGAUAAUCUGAGCCCCUCUCAAGUUUCUUCUAUCAAAAAUCAGCACUCAAAUGUCAAAGUGGGCUUAAGCCUCGGAGGGGAUAGUGUGGCUAAUGGCUAUGCUUACUUCAAUCCUUCCUCUGUAGAUUCUUGGGUCUCAAAUGCUGUUUCUUCACUCACAGAUAUCAUCAAACAGAACAAUCUUGACGGAAUCGAUAUCGACUACGAACACUUCAAAGCUGAUCCCGAUACCUUCGCUGAAUGCAUCGGGAGGCUUAUAACAACCCUCAAGAACAAUGGGGUAAUCUCAUUUGCUUCAAUUGCUCCAUUUGAUGACGACCAAGUUCAAAGCCAUUACCAAGCUUUGUGGAAGAGUUAUGGACACCUUAUCGAUUACGUUAACUUCCAAUUUUACGCUUACGAUCAAGGAACCACAGUGGAUCAGUUCAUGAACUAUUUCAAGACACAGAGCUCCAACUAUAAUGGUGGUAAGGUCUUGGUGAGCUUUAUCAGUGAUGGAAGUGGUGGGUUAUCACCAUCUGAUGGCUUCUUCACUGCUUGCCAUAGGCUUAAGGGUGAGCAGCAACUUCAUGGUAUCUUUGUGUGGUCUGCUGAUGACUCUAAGGCUAAUGGCUUCCGCUACGAGAAGCAAUCACAGGCUUUGCUAGCCAUUCACAACUAGUUCUUCUACUGUAUAUUUGAAAUAUAUCCCCUGUAUACUUGCAUGUGUGUUCAGCUCUUCUUAUGUGAGAGCUCUGUAUGCACUAUGUUUAUCAA